AUGUCGCAACAAUCAGAUUCUUCCUCUCCCAAGAAGUUGUCCCCCACCGAUGCUCUUGACUCUAUUCCAAGAACUGAACCAGUUAACCCUAAUCAAGUUCUUGAUGUUGCUCCGUUAAGAAUGUUUAGUGCUGAUGAUAUGAAGAUCAAGAAAUCUCAAACUCCACAUGCAAGAAGACCCAAGGAAACUGUUCGAGCUAAGGACACUAAUCCUUCUUUGUUUACUUCUGGUGUGAACUUACCCAAGGAAGGAUCAAAGAAUGUUCACGAAGCCAUUACCAAAUUUUUUACUUGUAUCUUGGGUGAACAACAUCAGGUCCCUGGGAUAUCUGUUCCUCUACAAACUGUGAUUCCUGAACCCGCUGUUGUACCUAGGGCAAACAUCAUAGGGAAGUCCUCUAAUGAUGAUGAUGCCCACAUGGUUGAUGAUGAUGUACACACUCCUAAUGAUGGUCUACAAAUGACUGAGGAGGAAGAGAAUGAUGAUGAUGAUGUUCAUAAAGACAAUGAUAAUGCAUAUGAUGUCAAUGAAAUUGGGAAUACUGGUGCUGAUGCUGGUACAGGUACUCCUACAAGUACAUGCACACAUGUUGUGGACCUUGAUAACUACUCUUAUAAUGAUCUGGUAGCUGUUGUGAACCCUAGCAUAGCCAAAAGGCUCAUGACUAGAAGGAAAGGUCCCAUUAAGAGCAGAGCUGUAUCUCAGAGUGUUUAUGUUGUUCCUACCAAAUCUUGGAGCAAAGUGGUCCCAAGGAAAAGGAAGGCUCAAGCUAUUGUUGAAUCUGACUCUGAUGUUGAUGUUCAAGACAUUCCACUAAGGAAUAAGCCAACAACUAACAAGCUGGAUGCUAGUGUUCCUGAGGUACCCAUUGAUAAUAUCUCUUUUCAUUAUCCUUCCAGUGUCAAUAGGUGGAAAUAUAUCCACCACAAGAGGCUAGCCUUGGAAAGGGAGUUGGCUCAGAAUGUCCUUGAGAAUAAAGAAAUCAUGGACAUGAUUCAUGAAGCUGGACUAAUGAAAACUGUUGUUCAUUUGCCUACGUGCUAUGAAAUGCUGGUUAAAGAGUUCAGUGUGAAUCUAUCAAAAGAUUGUGCUGAUAGAAAAUCAAAGGAUUUUAGGAAAUUAUAUGUGAGAGGAAAGUGUGUUACCUUCUCCUUAACUGUUAUCAACAAUUUUAUUGGAAGAUCUGAUGAAGCCCAACCUCAGCUGGAAGUGACUGACAACAAAAUAUGCGAGGUUAUCACUUCUAAGCAGUCAACUGUUGCUAUUGUGUUGGGAAAGUUUAUACACACUGUUGGAACCAAGACAAAGUUUGACUAUGGUACUUACAUAUUUGAUCAGACAAUGAAGCAUGUUGGGAGUUAUAGUGUGAAGGGUCCUAUUGCCUUCCCAUUUGUCAUAUGUGGUAUACUUUUGAAUCAGUAUCCUAAUAUCCUAAGUGAAAAUGAUUCUGUUUGCAAAAGAGAAAGUGCUAUAUCAUUUCAUUAUAAAAUGUUUCAAGGAACCCAUGUUCCUGACAUUGUCACAACAUCAGUUGGAACAUCUAAAGACAACACACCUACAAGUAAAGCUGUUGUAAUUGCAAUGCUCAGGGAAACAUGCAAGGAGCUGGAGUCCAGAAAGCUGACUAUUGAAAAAUUGAUCAGCUCUCUUGAAAUGGAAGAAGGUUCUGAGUUUACUGAGAAUGAAGUAGGUCCUGAGGCAGAUGAUGAAGAAGAAGAGGCCAGUCCAGAUGAUGGCACAGAUGAAGAAGAUGAUGUUGGCUCCAGUAGCUCUGAGUCUGAUGACUAG